UAUUUCAUUGAUCCAAGCCGAGAACCUAAAAACGACCGUUUCCUAGUCCAAACGGCAACAAUGUUACCAAAAAUAAAUCUAGUUUCUCUUCUCUUCUCUCUUGUAUGCUGUCUAAACCCAACCGUUAGCUUCUUUACACGCAACAGUUAUGAUUGUUUUAUUUAAACACUCUGUAAGUUUCAUGCAUUUAUACAUGGAGCUAUAGGAUGUUUCUAUAAAUUGGGAUAUUAAAUGUUGUAUAGAACACCCUCAGGCCUCGUCUGUAUUCACCUCUCUCACCUCUAAAGAGGAGGGAGAGAGUGUGUAUUCAGUGAAACAAAGUUCAUAUUAUAUCCGGUCUAUUUGGUUUUGGCUCUCUCUAUUUAUAUAUAUUUUUAACUUAUAUUGGGACUGACACUAAAGCUAUAACAACAUGUCUAUGAAGAGUAGAGGAAUGGGAAUAGGAGUGUAUGCUAAGUCUAUUAACUUGGUCCUUUUGGUGUGCUUAGGCUGCUUCUGUGCUGGAUUGGUUUUCAUUAACAGGAUGUGGACGGUGCCUGAAGCUAAUGAUAUUGCAAUAACUUCUAAACUCGAAGAUGCCCGUAUAAACUUAAAAUCUGAGAAUUAUCCAAAACUUCAGAAGGUUGUACAGCAUAAAGGAAAUAACAGUGUGGGGGUCUUGGAUAAGACAAUAACAAAUUUGGAGACGGAAUUAACAGCUUCUAGGGCAGCACAUGAAUCUAUAAUGCAUGACUUUCCGACGUCGCGAAACAUGAAGAAUGUUGAAACAAAUGUGAAAAGAAAAUACUUUAUGGUUGUAGGAAUCAAUACAGCUUUUAGUAGCCGCAAGCGAAGGGAGUCUGUUCGUGCUACUUGGAUGCCACAAGGUGAGAAGAGAAUGAAAUUAGAGGAAGAGAAGGGUAUAGUGAUUCGCUUUGUUAUAGGUCGCAGUUCGACAUCUGGUGGUAUACUUGACAAAGAAAUUGACUCAGAAGAGAUGUUGCAUGGAGACUUCUUGCGCCUAGACCAUGUUGAGGCCUACCUGGAAUUAUCAGGCAAGACUAAGACUUAUUUUUCAACUGCUGUUGCGUUGUGGGAUGCAGAAUUUUACAUUAAAGUUGAUGAUGAUAUUCAUGUAAAUUUAGCUAUGCUAGGAACAACUCUAGCUAGACACCGUAUGAAACCUCGGGUUUACAUUGGCUGCAUGAAGUCUGGUCUUGUCCAUGCUCGAAAGGGAAUGAAAUACCGUGAACCAGAGUAUUGGAAAUUUGGUGAGAUGGGAAACAAGUAUUUUCUACAUGCUACAGGACAAUUAUAUGCCAUCUCAAAAGACUUGGCUAUGUAUAUAUCGACAAACCAGCCUAUACUGCACAAAUAUGCCAAUGAGGAUGUUUCGUUGGGAACUUGGUUAAUUGGUUUAGAUGUGGAGCAUGUGGAUGAUAGGAGUCUCUGUUGUGGUACCCCACCUGAUUGUGAGUGGAAGAUACAGGCAGGCAACAUCUGUGCUGCUUCAUUUGAUCGGAAAUGUAAUGGGAUUUGCAAGUCUGUUGAGAGAAUCAUGGAUGUUCACCAGCACUGUGGCGAGGAUGAGAACGCUAUAUGGAGUGCAAGCUUCUGAGAGACAGGGAGCCGUUCCCCCAAACUCAGAAGGACAUACAGUGGUAUUUGCAGGUUGAUUAUAGCAAGCAAAUCCAGCAUAAAUUCCUUAUGUGAAGAAGCAAUCCCACUGUCUUCAACUCUUCAUGCACUCAUUUGUCCAUAAAAUUAUGAAUGCUAAACAUAAGAUAGAAUGACUUCUUCAACAAAAUAUGACAAAAAAAGAAAAAGAAGAGCAUGGAAUCCUCCUCAUCCUCAAUUUCAUCUACUUAGCUUGCAUUUAAAUUACAAUGUACAUGUGCAAGACAUCAACAGCUAUAGGAAACCAUAAAUUUGAUCAGCAAAUUCAUGGAACCAAGUUUGAUCAGUUAGCCUUGGUAGUAAAAUCUAUCAACAUAAAACACCCGGUACUAUUUUUCUGGUUUAACCAAAAUUAGGAGGGUUUAUGAAAUGGAAGAUGUUUAAUUCUAA